CCAUAGUUGAAAGGGGGCGUGGCUUUGGCUAACCUCGUUUGGGGGAAAAAAGACUCAUCCCAUAACAGAAUAUCAUAACAAUAAGGAAAUUGUUUUAGGUCUAGUGAAGGCACGCUGAUAUGGAUGACACACUCUUCCAACUGAAGUUUACAGCAAAACAGCUCGAAAAACUUGCCAAAAAGGCAGAGAAGGAUUCAAAAUCCGAGCAAGCCAAAGUUAAAAAGGCUCUUCAGCAGAAGAAUGUGGAAGUUGCCAGAGUAUAUGCAGAGAAUGCCAUCCGUAAGAAGAACGAGGGCCUUAAUUGUCUGCGCAUGGCAUCUCGUGUUGAUGCUGUUGCCUCCAAGGUCCAGACUGCUGUCACUAUGAAAGCGGUCACAAAGAAUAUGACACAGGUCACCAAGGCACUGGACAAGGCGCUGGGUUCCAUGGACCUGCAGAAGGUGUCUGCUGUAAUGGAUAAGUUUGAGUCGCAGGUUCAGAACCUGGAUGUUCACACCUCAGUGAUGGAGGACUCGAUGAGCUCGGCCACCACACUGACCACGCCCCAGGACCAGGUGGAUGACCUCAUCGUCCAGAUAGCAGAGGAGAGUGGUCUGGAGGUGAUGGACCAGCUCAGCCAGCUGCCUGCAGGAGCCACCUCACUGGGAGAGAGCUCCUCACGCUCACAGCAGGAGAAGGAGGACCAGUUGUCCCGCAGGUUGGCUGCUUUGCGGAACUGAACAUAUCUCUCAACUAUUCGCCAGACAAAUGGAGGCUUGACAACUGCUUGGAAACAAACAGCGGAGAGCUGUGUGAUUCUAUCGAACUGUUCAUACCGUGAGGACCUAAUGAGCCUAUUGAUUUCCAUCCGCAUAUCUAUUUAUAUAUACACUCACACUGUGGUGCUGAAAAUACCACCUGAGAAGGCAUGGGUCCCCCUCUAUCUCUUCCCCCUCUUUCUCUGUCCAUCCCUCUCUUUUUCUGUUGCACAACAAUCUAUUUUUUCCACCUCUCAUUUUCCCUUUCCCAUAUCAGUCUUUCCGUCUCUCAAUCAUUGUCUUCUCUUAUUCAGGGAUCCCUCAAAUCAAAAUAAAGUGUUAUUUGUCACAUGCUUCGUAAAACAACAAUGCAGAGAAAAAAAAUAUCUCCCUUGGUUAGUUGUACUUGUGAAUUUCAGUACAUUGUCACAUGACACAUUUUUUGAUGUAUAUUUGAAUGGGGGGGUUUUCCUGAGAACAAGGGUUUUACAAAAUGUACAAAUAGUAUAUUGGAAAAAGGUGUUUUAAAACAGACAUAUUCAUGUAAUAUAGGGAAGCUUGGACCCCAGGGCACAGGUUUUCAACAGUUAUCUAUCUGGAUUUCGCCUAUCGGAUAGGAUUAAAUAUAAAAAUAGAAUGAAUAGAACGGACAAAUCAUUGACUUGAAUGGGGACUUAUUUUGAGUGCUCUGAUGUUUCCCAGUUUGCACUCUGUUCAGCACUAAACCACAGACACCUCUUGACCCACUGUAUUGACAACACUAACAAACAAAAUUAAGACACACUCUGUACUGUUUUUUCCCAACUCUUAAAAUAAAUGUCAUUAUUUCUGUAUAGAGGGGAGGACAAGUCUCAGUCAUACAUAUUUUUUUGUUUUCCUGAUUAUUUCUGUUCAAAUAUAUUGCUAAUUCAUGACUGUUAUUUUGCUUUGAAUAUGUAUGCCUUAUUGGGAUGCAGGUAUUUGCAUAGGUCUCCUCAGUGCCUGGAUGUAUCUAGUUAGAGAUAUAUUGAUUGAUCCUAUGUAAGGUUGUAAUAUCGAGGUUUUGGGACUAUAAGGUUCUAUCUGCAAAAAAUUUUUUUUGGAGAUAAUUGGCUUUAAAGUUCCGAACCCUCAUUGGUUUGAAGUGUGUUAGCAAAUUGUAUCUUGUAUUAUUUUUAACUUAACGACAUGAAUUGGGGUAUUUAGAGUGCUAUAUAGUUAUUGAACAGAACAAGGCUAUGUCAAUAACAAAACAUUUAAGAGUGCAGAUCCUUACAGUCCCAAGCUCUCGAAUGAUGUUGCCAUAUAACAAGGAUGUCCCCUUUCUGUCCACAUCACAUACAAACCAGAGAUUUGUCUUCUGUAGCAAAGACAUUUUGGGAAUAAAUUAAUUUCUUUCAUUUUA